AUGCCUUCAAUGGAUCAUUCAACUGAUGAGAAACUUGAAACAAAAGAGAUGGAUAUCCGAAGUCUGUCAUCCUCGCGCCAUCAGGCACAGAAUACACUACACAUUCACAAGGUGGGAGUUCCUCCGAAGCAAAACCUCUUCAAGGAAUUCAAAUCUACUGUGAAAGAAACACUCUUUUCCGAUGAUCCUUUACGUCCCUUUAAGGAUCAACCUGGGUCUCGAAAGUUCAUUCUAGGCAUGCAGACCAUUUUCCCCAUACUCGAGUGGGGGAGGAGCUACAACCUAACUAAAUUUAGAGGGGAUCUUAUUGCAGGACUCACAAUUGCAAGCCUCUGCAUUCCUCAGGACAUUGGGUACGCAAAUCUUGCAAAUUUGGCCCCACAGUAUGGACUGUAUUCCAGCUUCGUCCCACCAUUGAUUUAUGCCUUCAUGGGUAGUUCAAGAGAUAUAGCCAUAGGACCUGUGGCAGUGGUAUCUCUGUUGCUGGGGACCCUUCUUCAGAAUGAGAUCGACCACGCAACAAAUGCAAAAGAUUAUCGGCGGCUUGCAUUCACAGCAACUUUUUUUGCAGGAAUCACUCAAGCCACCCUAGGCUUUUUAAGGUUGGGGUUCUUGAUUGACUUCUUAUCUCAUGCUGCCAUUGUCGGUUUUAUGGGUGGAGCUGCCAUCACGAUUGCCCUGCAACAGCUUAAGGGUUUUCUUGGCAUACAAAAGUUCACAAGGAAAUCUGAUAUUAUCUCUGUAAUGAAAUCAGUAUGGGGCUCAGCCAAUCAUGGAUGGAACUGGCAGACUAUACUUAUUGGAGCGACCUUUUUAAGUUUUCUUCUAUUUGCUAAAUACAUAGGAAAAAGGAACAGGAAGUUCUUCUGGGUGCCUGCAAUUGCUCCAUUGAUAUCUGUUAUUCUGUCCACCGUUUUUGUGUACAUAACCCGUGCAGACAAGAAAGGCGUUGAAAUUGUGAAACAUAUAGAGAAAGGAAUUAAUCCCCCAUCGUUGAAUGAAAUAUAUUUCAGUGGUAAAUAUCUUGGGAAAGGUUUUAGGAUCGGUGUCGUGGCUGGUAUGAUAGCACUGACGGAAGCCACAGCAAUUGGUAGAACAUUUGCUGCCAUGAAGGACUAUCAACUUGAUGGAAACAAAGAAAUGGUGGCACUAGGAGCAAUGAAUAUUGUUGGUUCGAUGACUUCCUGCUAUGUGGCGACAGGUUCAUUCUCUCGGUCAGCUGUGAAUUACAUGGCAGGCUGCCAAACUGCUUUUUCUAACAUUGUGAUGUCCUGCGUUGUAUUCCUAACCUUGGAAUUCAUCACACCACUGUUUAAGUACACACCAAAAGCCAUUCUUUCUGCCAUCAUCAUAUCCGCUGUGAUCAACCUAGUCGACUUUCAGGCAGCGAUUCUGAUAUGGAAGAUUGAUAAAUUUGAUUUUGUAGCUUGUUUUGGAGCCUUCUUUGGUGUAAUUUUUGUCUCUGUUGAGAUAGGCCUCUUAAUUGCAGUCUCAAUAUCCUUUGCUAAAAUCCUCUUACAAGUUACCAGGCCAAGGACUGCAACUCUAGGGAAGAUACCUGGGACAUCUGUGUACAGAAACAUCCAACAAUAUCCAGAAGCAAAUAAAGUUCCAGGCGUUCUGAUUGUGAGAGUGGAUUCUGCAAUUUACUUUUCCAACUCCAAUUACAUUAAAGAGAGGAUAUUAAGGUGGUUGGCAGAUGAGGAAGAACAUAUAAAAGCAGACUACCUACCAAGAAUCCAGUUUUUGAUAAUUGAGAUGUCCCCCGUUACUGACAUUGACACUAGUGGCAUUCAUGCCCUGGAAGAACUAUGUGGGAGUCUCCAAAAGAGAAAGAUUCAGCUCAUUCUGGCAAAUCCUGGGCCAGUGGUGAUUGACAAGCUCCAUGCUUCCAAAUUUGCAAACAUGAUUGGGGAGGACAAAAUCUUCCUCACGGUUGCAGACGCCGUCUCAUCCUGUUCUCCGAAGUUGGCUGAAGAAGCCUGACAAAGAUGGAAUGCUGGUGCAUGAGAGAAAGAAAUGAGAAGCAUAAGUUAUAUAUACCUACAGUGGUUAAGUAGAAGGGGAGAACAGGUCUAAUGGUGGAUGGUGACGAGGUCAUUAUAAAAGUGGUUCAAGUGGAUUCUCUGUGAUCCUAAUCCUUGAAAAAAGGAAAAGAAAAGGUGCACAAUUGUGCACUCAAAAAGCGAUAAGGUUAUGUAAUUUACAGAAACAUCCCAUAUAUCCUUUUUUUUUUUCUGUGUACUAGCGGUUCCAUAUCUCAUACACUGGAGGAAUUUUGUUUUCUUCGAGUGGAUGAAUGCAUAUCUGAUCUUUUUCUUUUCACGAGGCAAAGGAAAGUGUCUAAAAUUUUCCUUAAUGGUCUUUCUUUUUUGAACAUCAUAAUGGUGCAUUUGAAAACUGUACCUGAAUAAAAACCUUUACAUCCUGUUGUAGGCCAA